UGUUUCUGUGGGCGAGGAGGCGGUCAUGUUGUGCAGUCAAACCGUUAUUGCAAAUUCUGUGUUUUUUAAAUUAAUCGGGAACAAUUCCUUGGAAAAAGUCAUAGGAAAUGUAUACAUAUAAUUGAUUAAGUGACCCUGAUGGCUCAGUGCAGCAUGCAAGUGCUUCUGCUGUUGCUCCUGAAGAUCUUGCAGACAUCAGCCGAAGGGGGCGACAUCGACUGCCUGUGCGACGGCAGCGAGUGCAUCCUGAAGCUCUGCCAAGGCCGGCAAUGCUUCUCCUCGGUGACGCUGAGCGGCGACGCGCCGGACUUCAAGCGCGGAUGCCUCAACGAGUCCGAGAAGAUCCGCCUGACCUGCUCCACGCCCACCGCCAGCUACGCUGUCCGGUGCUGCUCCCACCACAUGUGCAACUCCAACGCCAGCAGUGACACGCUGAUGCCCCUGCUGCUCAAGGCGCCCUCAGCAGAACCGACUCCGUACCGGGUGGAAACUGUGGUUGUCUUCGUAGUUGCCCCAUUCGUGGUGCUGGCCCUCCUGGGCCUCCUGGCCGUCCUAGCAUGCCGUCGGCUCCACCACGGCCGUCUGGAGAGGCUGCACGAGUUGGAUGCCGAGCAGGGCGCCAUCGACGGUCUAAUCGCGUCCAACGUGGGCGACAGCACGCUGGCGGACCUUUUGGAUCACUCCUGCACCUCGGGCAGUGGCUCUGGUCUGCCAUUCCUGGUCCAGAGGACAGUGGCUCGACAGAUCAGCCUGAUGGAGUGUGUCGGAAAGGGGCGCUAUGGCGAGGUGUGGAGAGGACAAUGGCAGGGGGAGAACGUGGCGGUGAAAAUCUUCUCUUCGAGGGACGAGAAGUCCUGGUUCCGGGAGACUGAGAUCUACAACACUGUUCUCCUCCGGCACGAGAACAUAUUAGGGUUCAUGGCAUCAGACAUGGCAUCACGGAACUCCAGCACCCAGCUGUGGCUCAUCACCCAUUACCACGAGAACGGCUCGCUCUACGACUACCUGCAGCGCGUCGCCGUGGAGACUGUGGAUGGGCUGCACAUGGCCGCCUCGGUGGCCAAUGGGCUGGUGCACUUGCACACCGAGAUCUUCGGCACGGAAGGCAAGCCCGCCAUCGCCCACCGCGACCUCAAGAGCAAGAACAUCCUGGUGAAGAAAAACCUGCACUGCUGCAUCGCUGACCUGGGUCUGGCUGUCACACACUCCCAGUCUAAUAAUCAGCUGGAGGUGGGUAACAACCCUAAGGUGGGCACCAAGAGGUACAUGGCCCCUGAGGUGCUGGACGAGUCCAUCCAGACGGACUGCUUCGAUGCCUACAAGCGCGUGGACAUGUGGGCCUUCGGGCUGGUUCUGUGGGAGAUCGCCCGCCGGACAUACAGCAACGGUAUCGUUGAAGAGUACAAGCCUCCAUUUUAUGACCUUGUGCCGAAUGACCCCAGCUUCGAUGACAUGCGCAAAGUUGUCUGCGUGGAACAACAGAGACCCUUCAUCCCAAACCGAUGGUUUUCUGACCCGACCUUGUCGGCCCUGGUGAAGCUAAUGAAGGAGUGCUGGUACCAGAACCCCUCGGCCAGACUCACCGCCCUGCGCAUCAAAAAGACUCUGGACAAAAUCCACAGCUCCCUGGAGAAGGGGAAAGCAGACUGCUGA